UGUACCUCUCACCCCUUCACAGUUUCCUCACCUUCUCUUCAUUACUGUCUCCCUCUAUACCUAAAACUUUAGGACAACUUUUUAGUUUCAACUUCCAAUCUAAGGCAACUACAAUGGAUUUUCUAGGAUUUUCCCUGGUUGCCCUUCUCACUAUGUUCAGAACUGUGCAUGGUUAUGGAAGUGGAUGGUCUAGUGCUCAUGCAACUUUCUAUGGCGGUAGUGAUGCUUCUGGUACUAUGGGAGGAGCUUGUGGAUAUGGAAAUCUUUACAGUCAGGGAUAUGGAACAAACACAGCUGCACUAAGUACUGCUCUGUUCAACGAUGGACAAAGUUGUGGUGCUUGUUUUGAACUUAAAUGUGAUAAGGAUCCAAAAUGGUGUUUGCCUGGAUCCAUCAUAGUUACUGGUACUAAUUUUUGUCCACCAAACAAUGCUCUCCCAAAUAAUGCUGGUGGUUGGUGUAAUGCUCCUCAACAACACUUUGAUCUCUCUGAGCCUGUUUACCAAAAAAUAGCUCUUUACAGAGCUGGUAUUGUCCCUGUUGUUUAUAGAAGGGUUCCUUGCAAGAAGAGGGGUGGAAUUAGAUUCACCAUUAAUGGACACUCAUACUUUAACUUGGUUUUAAUUACAAAUGUUGGUGGAGCUGGUGAUGUUGUUGCUGUUUCAGUCAAAGGAUCUAAAACUAGAUGGCAAGCUAUGUCAAGAAACUGGGGACAAAACUGGCAAAGCAAUAGUUAUCUCAAUGGUCAAGCCCUUUCUUUCAAAGUCACAACAAGUGAUGGCAAAACUCUUGUCUCCAACAAUGUUACUCCUUCCAAUUGGAAUUUCGGUCAAACCUUCAAUGGUAGACAAUUCAGAGCACCCAAAUCUCUCUAAACCUAACUCUUUUUACAUCUAACCUCUGCAGGACUUUUUUUUUUACUUCUGCUAUUAGUUACCUAUGUAGUGUUUAAGAUUGUGAGGUGAUGUUGAAGAGAAUUUCAGGAUGGGUCUUUUUUGAACGGCUCAUACUAAAUUCUCUCUGCCUUUUUUUUUUUUUUUUUUUGCAUUCAUUACAUACACCGUUAAUGAAAUGUGUUGGUGUUGUAACUCGAGUACUCCCUGAUAAUAUUAAAGAGGGACUCGUAGAUGCAGUUUUUAGUUUUGGCUGAGGUGAACACAGUCAGUCACCCGUCAAUAACUUGCUUUGCUUUUAUUUUUAUGCUAUGUUGCUUGUGUUGCUGCUGCUAGCAGCGGCUUUAUUGUAAGUUUUAACUAGUGGGAGCAUUUGAUUUCAAAUCAAAUCUGUGUCUCAAGUUACUCGGCAUGUAGCUGAAGUUGUUUCUCAAAUAUAUUAAGAAAGUAUUAUUUGGGUG